AUGGCUAAAUUCAACCUUUGUCGACGACUCUUCACCAUCCAGUUAAUUUGCAUGACAACCAGUAUCCUCCUUGUUGAUGUUGAAGGUGGAUUUUUCAGUGAAGUGGUUCAAGGAUGCAAAACAAUGACUAGAAGCUUAGCCAAGAUACCGUCGAAGCUGGCGGACGGCGGCCAGUACGCGACGCAAAAGGUGGUCGGUGCAGUGGGCAACGCCAUCAAGCCAAUGCGGCCGCUCAAGAGGAUAGUGGACGCGACUGGCGGUGCCAUAUCCAACGUGAUGGGGUCCGCCAGCCGCCUGAUGGGAAAGGUGGUGGAACCUCCGAAUAAAGUCAUUUUUCUGUACAGCCGUCCGCUCAAGCACCUGGGCACGUCAAGAGUGUACCAGGAAGCGGUCCAGACGGUCAUCGCGCAUGCGCUCACCAACGUGGUGCUGCACAAGGACGAAAUGGAAGAGGCUGAGGACACGCCGGUGGACCUGAGUGCCAUGCCCGUGCUCGAAUCAGUGGUGGAAAAUCUCGAGAGUGCAGGGGCGUCCGAUGAUGACAUCGCCGACAUCAUCAGCGUGUUGGGCCGCAAUGGCAAACAGGACCUGCCCGUCCAGAUCCAAUCAAAGGUCCUUGGCAUUCUAAAAGAUAGAAAUGGGAACUUUAAAAGCGAUGGGCCCAUGAAUGAAUUACGUUGGAUUGCAGAGCACCCUCGUGGAUUCUAUCAGAUGGAUGACAAAGAAAGGACUGAUUACAAAUUGAAGACGCAAAAAAAAUAUACUAGAUGUACGGUAUUACAUCCACCAUCAUUCGACAUAAGAAAUACAUAA